GCUUUUUUGUUAAAAUGUUUACAAAUCUUUUCCGUAAUCAAUUAAUUGUUGCAAUUAGUAAUUAUAUUUUGUACUAUUUUCCGAUUCUAUUUUAACUCUUACCUACUGGUCUACCUGUUAGCCUUUUUUUAAAUGUCUUUUAAUCCUCUAGUAUGUCAACCAUUUUAUUGUUUUCCCUUUUCCCAGAUCAUUUUUGUUUUCCAAUAUCUGUCAAUACAUUAAGUGCUUUGGUAUUAAUUGUUUGUUAAUGAAUGUUGUUCAGAUCAAUAAGAAAAUAUUGGCUCAUGUUGACCUGUCGUUCAUUACAGAAAAGGCGAUGGCCUAUGUUGAUCAAAUUAAUUCCUUGUUUUCUACUGGUUACUUAUGUUGUUCACAAAAUGACUCCUAAUACUAUCAAUACUACUACUAUUGGUGAAGAGAAAUCAUCUUCAGAUUAUGAUUACCAACAUGAUCAAACCUUUUUAAAUUCACCUCAAGUCAACUCAUUAUCACCAAAGGCUUUACGAACCUUAAUCAACUCUACAAAUAAACAUGAGAUUAUCUUCAAUAUUGAUAAAUAUGAUUCAAUAGGAAGUGAUGAUCCUGUAAUUGUUAUACAGGUUCAUGAUCGUGUUGAAUAUCUUCGAGCUCUGAUUAAUUCAUUGGAAUCUGUUGAAGGUAUCGACCAAAGCUUGAUUAUAUUCACUCAUGACGUUUAUAAUCCAACUAUCAACACAAUCAUUCAAUCAAUUAAUUUUUGUAAAGUUAUUCAACUGUUUUAUCCAUUUUCCAUCCAAGCUUAUCCUAAUGAGUUUCCCGGAACAGAUCCCAAAGAUUGUCCUAGAGAUAUAAAUCAACAAAAAGCCAUGGCCAUGAAGUGUCAAAAUUCAGAGCAUCCUGAUACCUAUGGACAUUACAGAGAAGCUGUUUACACCCAAACGAAACAUCAUUGGUUUUGGAAGAUGAAUACAAUUUUCGACAAAUUAAAUGCUACAAAGAAUCACAAUGGACCUUUCAUCUUUCUCGAGGAAGAUCAUUAUGUUUCACCAGAUUUAUUAUUCAUGUUGAAAUCAAUGAUCGCUUACAAAAUCAAAAAUAAUCUAGAUGUUAACCUUUAUACUCUUGGAGCUUAUGUAAAGAUUUUUAAUUAUGCUUCCAAUGGAAAUAAAUUGGAUAUUAAUCGAUGGGUUUCGAGUCAGCAUAAUAUGGGCUUUGUUUUACUUCGAGAUGUUUGGAAUCAAAUAAGAUCAUGUUCUAAGCACUUUUGUACAUACGAUGACUACAAUUGGGAUUGGUCUUUACAACAUAUAAGCGAAAAAUGUUUGACAAAACCUUUGAUGACUUUAUCUGUGAUCGCUCCUCGAGUUUUCCAUGUUGGAGAAUGCGGAGUUCACCAUAAAAAAGUUGACUGCUCAAAGAAUAAACUAAUUUCCAAAGUACAGCAAACCCUGAAAGCAGCAAUUAAAUACUUAUUCCCUAGUCAAUUGAUUCUUGCAAAAUCAAAUAGGAAAAAUUUCAAAAUGCCCAAAGUAAACGGAGGUUGGGCUGAUAUUCGAGAUCAAAUUUUAUGUCUCCAACAAGUUGUUCAUCCCGAGAAAAUGGAACCAUUUAAAUAAGCCAAUAUUUGACCAAUAACUUUUUCCAUCAUUCCAUAAAUUAAUUAAGUUCAACAAAAAUCAUUCUGGUGCCUAAAAGAUUCAAGAAAAUGGAGAAGCAAAAAAAAACUAGUCCAAUCAAAUGAUUUCCAAUCAAAUAUCCAAAGGUUAACCAAGAUCAUCUGAACAACCGUACAAAAAGCAAUCAACAUCCCUCGAAAUGUGUGUUUUUUUUUAAUCCGAAUCAUAUAAAAAGUUAAUUCGAUUGAAAUGUUGAA